AUGUCUCUUAAAAUUCGAAGCUGCGCUGUAGCUAAUGUAAACAACAUGGAGAACAUGGAUGCCUUGAAGAAUUUGGAUCCCUCGAAAGUUGGGGAUUUCCUUGAUAAAAUUGAUGAAAUCGAAUCAAUAGUGAAAAGCUUCAGGACCGGAGAUGACAAUGAGGCCAGUGAAGCAAUGCGGAAGGCUGAUGAACUGAUCAAAGACAUUGACAAGAAGAAAAAAGCUGCUGGAAUAAGUGGUGAUCAGGCGGGGGAUGCUGAUAAUGAUGAAGACUUACCAGAGACUAAGACAGGUUUUAACAAGACAGUGAUUAACAAAGUGACAGAUGUUGAACAGAUGCCUGGCCAAAAUGAUGUCAACUAUGAAGGCAUGGAUCAAGCUGGUUUUAUGUCGGCUCUGGAGGCUGAUGCCAAGGAAAGAGCGAAACGCCGGGCAGAGAAAACAAAGUUAGCGGAACAGUGGAAGGACAAGGGCAAUGUGGAAUUCAGGAGCGGAAACUAUGAGAAAGCCCUGGAAUACUACACAGAGGGAUUACGAGAAGCAAAAGAUCUAACUGCUCUGUACACAAACAGAGCCCAGACCUACAUCAAACUAGGAAAGUAUGAAAAUGCCUUUCUGGACUGUGAGUGGGCUCUGAAAUGUUUCCCCAACUGCAUUAAGGCCCACAUACACAUGGGGCGAGCCCAUAUGGGCAUGAAGGAGUGGAAGGAAGCCCGGGAAUGCUUCCAGAAGGCCCUGACAUGUGACCUGAAGAAACAAGCUCUUAUUGAUGAUUACCUUGCUGAGGUUGACAGGGCUGAACUAGCAGACCAACAAGAACUGACUGCCGACGAGACAUUCAAGGAAGGUAACCCCGAGAAUCUGGGCGUAGUUGAGAUCCUUACUCGUGUACGGAAGCCUGAUCAGUUGCCUGUCUACUACAGUGGAGGCCUGAGGGUAUUGAAGACACUCAUGCUGAACACCACUGACAAAACCCUCCUUCGAACACAGGGUGGCAUGGAUCUCUUGUCAAGCAUCCCGACGAUCCAUAGGUGCUGGUCUGCAUCACCGAAAAGCCUGUCAGGGGAGGAAAUGGACAUGCUUGCUACUGUAUUUGACAUGUACUUGGUAGCAUGUUCAGAAAAUGACAAAAACACAGAAAUGUUCCUUCAGACUGAAGGACUUGGCACCAGCUGCUUGAAAUUCCUGGGCAUCACCAUGAAGGGUCAGGGGCGGAUUUUGCAGCAGGCAAUAACACAUUGUCUGUUUUCACUCUCGCAAAGUGACAUCGGUCGCAAAAAUCUAGUGGAGCUGUUUGACAUACCCAAGGUGCUGUCAACAAUGUUUACAUUGAUGAGGACGAGCAGCAAGACGGCAACAACGGCAGCAAAUCUGCUUAGCAACCUGGCACUAGAUAAAAAGUUUAAGUCUCAUUUAAGAGAUAAAUUGGAAGAAUCAGUUUGUCCAUCAUUUGAAAAAUUACUGCAAACCAAUUCCACGUCCCUCCCAGUGUUGUCAAGGUGUGUUACCAUGGUUACCAACCUGACAACUGACACAGCAAUAAGAACUAAACUGAUGCAGAGGAAAGAGCUGUGGGACACUUGUACACGGUCAUUGACAACCCAUGCAGAGAACCUGACUGACCCUGCCAACAUAGACCUUCUAGAAAGCCUACUAGGGCUCCUGCUUAACCUAUCCAAGGAACCCUCACCAGGGCUGAAGGAAGCUGGUCCCACUCUGUGCGCCCGUUGCCUGUCAAUAUUAAACACCAGCCCCUGCCCUGUGACCCUUCGACCCCGUUGUGUAGCCCUGCUCAGUCAUGUGUUGCCUCACUGUGAUCAGGCUGUGGAACUGUUGGUGGAGAAAGGGGGUGUCACUCUACUGCUGGGUUAUCUUAAGGAAAACGAAGCUGAGUCUAAAGCAGCAUUGAAAGCCAUGACAGCUGUCACCAAGGUUAGCGACACAGCAAAGUCGUACAUUGUCGACAAUAAGGGUCUUGGCCAACUAAUCAAGCGUCUACAAGACAAAGAUGAAGCGGUUGUUGGAAAUGCAGCCCUAUGUCUGAGUCACUGUGCGCAGGGCCAUAAAGUGUGUGCUGCCCUCACAAACACUGAUAUUAUCAAGGAGCUGCUGGUUCUAGCCCGGGAUGGACGUAAGCUCGAGCUCCAACAAAACUGUGCCAUUCUUAUAGCCAAGCUUGCUCAGGGUGAUCAAAGACAUCUGGAGAGACUCAGAGAACUGCAUGGCAUUGAAAUACUCCACUCCUGUAUGAAACACAUCAAAUGAUGAAGACCCGAUCACUCAGCCAAGCAUGUCAUCAAUCUCAACAUUUCAGUUGUUGUUUUUGUCAUUUUUGUCAAUCCAAUAACAAGUUUAUUCUGUCAUAACUCUCCAUCUUGAUCAUUUCAAUGAUUGUUAUGGAUUAUGAUACCUUGUUUCAUCGAUAUCAUUAAAGGGUCUUGUCCACGUUUUAUAGGGUAGGCAUCAACUUUUUUCAAAUGGUGUAUGCACUAUGAAAAAAAAAUCUUGUUAGAAUGAUUAAAAAUUGAUAAAAUACUUAAAAAGUUUCAGUUAGAUUUAUUGUUAAUAAUAAUGGGAAACAGAAGAUGCUCUAUUUUGCCGCAAAGCUUCAGUAAUGCUUUAAAAAACAAUGAAUCAUUUAAGGCUCGGACUAAAUUGUGUGCAAAUGAGUAUCUUUCAGUUGCUGUUUAAACUUUAAAGUAUUUAUUUUACAAUGAUUGUGAAGAAAGUUAUAUUAACUUAUAUAUAAGUCACUCUCAUUGGCACGAUGUUGCGCGAGUGUGUGGUCUUUUGAUGUGGGGGAAACCAAAACCUGGCGUUGCUGUUUGGUCUAUGUCACUGUGUAGAUAUGUCCAUGUGUAGAUAUGUCCAUGUGUAGAUAUGUCCAUGUGUAGAUACUGUGUAUUUGUGACCAGUGGCCUUUGUUUACUUUAUUACUCUCUUUAAAUGAGUUGGAGUUGAUUUUUUGUUCAUAAUACUAAGUACUAAAACUCAAUUUCAACAAAAUUCAAAAAGUAAUAUUUGCCACCAUAAAAUCUGUGAAUGAGUCUCUUUAAAUUCAAAGUAAUAAAUUUCACCGUGAGAGAUGUUUGUUAUGGUUUUCAAAUUAAUACAAUGAAUGUCACAGUUCAUAAUGUGAUACCUUUUCUCUCCGUUGUUGUUAAUGAUUUUACACCGCACUAAUUUCUAAUAAACUUCUGUUUUACUUGAAAUGCAUUUAAAUCAUGGACAGAACAGUUACACGGUGUUAUGAUAGCUGGAGAGACACUUAGUGCAGCUGUCAGUUGCAAAUCAUUUGUCCUUAAUCAUAUUUAUUUAUUUAUUUGUGACAUUUCAAGAUUUAUCUGUUAUGCUAUUUAGGAUGUAAUAAAUGAUGCAUUGAUGUAUGAAAAACCAA